AUGACGAUGAAUGUGAUGGUGGAGAUUGAGGCGGAGGAAAUGGAUGAGGGUCUGAGUUUGAUGGAGGAUUUGAAGUCGGGAGGUUUGAAUAUUAGUAGCCACACGGAAAUGCCAGGAAGGGUCAAAAUAAUUGGAUUCAUCAAGAAAAGGUGGAUCGUUGAUUCGACAACAGGGCGUCGAGUGAAGCUUGUGUGCGUGAAUUGGCCUUCCCACACACAGAGCAUGCUAAUAGAAGGUCUCAACCACAGGCCAUUAAAAGAGCUGGCAGAUGAGGCAAUCAAGUUGAGGUUUAAUUGUGUACGACUCACGUAUGCAACUCAAAUGUUCACUCGUUAUGCAAAUAGGACAGUUGAAGAGAAUUUUGACCUCCUCGAUUUAGAGCAAGCAAAAGCCGGAUUGGCUCAAUAUAAUCCUUUUGUGUUGAACAAGACUAUUGCUGAAGCCUAUGAAGCUGUUGUUGAUGUGCUUGGAGAGAGUGGUUUAAUGGUGAUUGCCGACAACCAUAUGAGUCAGCCAAGAUGGUGUUGCUCUCUUGACGAUGGCAAUGGAUUUUUUGGAGACCGCUAUUUUGACCCUCAAGAAUGGCUACAAGGUCUUAGCUUUAGUUGCUCAACGCUUUUCCAAGAAAUCAACGGUACGUACAAAUUAAGGAAAAUUCUCACACUCUUGAAACUAAACUCAAACGUUUAA